GAAAAAAAAACACUCCUAACCCAAAACAUUGUUGUGGUUGUGUAGCACAUUUUUGUAAUGUGUUUUUCCUAUUAGAAAUUUUCACCGAGGAAAAUUCUUUGAAAUGACGAUAUUCCAUGAUGAGAUUGAAAUCGAAGACUUUGAAUAUGACGAUGAAGAGGAAAUGUACUACUACCCUUGUCCUUGUGGGGAUAGAUUCCAAAUAAGUAAGGAAGAGUUGAUUGCGGGAGAAGAAGUAGCUACAUGUCCCAGUUGUUCGCUGGUGGUUAAAGUUAUAUACGACUUGGAGAAAUUCAAAGCAGAAUCUGAAGAAAUCCAGAAAGAGGAUGGUGACAAGGAAACUGUUAAGGCCUAGUGAUCGUGUCUCUAUGAGGAAAAGGUUGCUUUGGUGGAGCCAUGUGGCUGCUAGGCUCUUUGUGAAAGAGUUGGGGUGCUUCAAGAGUGGUGUGAUGACCUGUGAUGAUUUUGUGAUACCUAUAAAAUAAAAUAUUAAACUAA